UUUAAAGGAAAUAAAGGAGACCUGAUCGAGAUCUUCCGUGAUGGACCCUAUCAGCACUGGGCCGUCUACAUCGGAAAGAAUGAAGUGGUUCAUUUCACUACAGACGGUGGUCAGUCAUCUGGCUCGUUGGAGCUUCUGAGCAGCAAUGGAAAGGUGAAGAUUGAGAAGUUCGCCGAUGUGGUCGGCAAUGACAGUUACAAAGUCAACAAUCUGCUGGAUGACACGUACAAGGCUCGUAUGCCUAUGACCAUAGUGAAGGAGGCACGUGCGAUGGUGGACAGCGAGCGAUCAUACAACGUUGCCACUUACAACUGUGAGCACUUUGCUACCGAGAUGCGAUACGGCGAGGUUAAAGCAAAACCAGGAGACCUGAUCGAGAUCUUCCGUUGGGGCUAUCAGCACUGGGCCGUCUACAUCGGAGAGAAUGAAGUGGUUCAUUUAGUUAACGAGGGUGGUCAGUCAUCUGGCUCGUCGGCAAAUCCGAGCAGCAGCACCGGAAAGGUGAAGCGUGAGAAGCUCGCCAAAGUGGUCGGCAAUCACCGUUACCAGGUCAACAAUCUGCUGGAUGACAUGUACAAGGCUCGUAUGCCUAUGACCAUAGUGAAGGAGGCCUGUGAGAUGGUGGGCAGCGAGCUACAGUACAAUGUUGCCACUUACAACUGUGAGCACUUUGCUACCGAGAUGCGAUACGACAAGGCAGAGUCUCGGCAGUUUAAAGGAAAACCAGGAGACCUGAUCAAGAUCUUCCGUGAUGGACCCUAUCAGCAGUGGGCCGUCUACAUCGGAGAGAAUGAAGUGGUUCAUUUCACUACAGACGGUGGUGACUCAUCUGGCUCGUCUGAGCUUCUGAGCAGCAGCACCGGAAAGGUGAAGCGUGAGAAGCUCACCGAUGUGGUCGGCAAUCACCGUCACCAGGUCAACAAUCUUCUCGAUGACAUAUACGAGGCUCGUGAGCCUUCCAUCAUAGUGGAGGAGGCCCGUGCGAUGGAGGACAGCGAGUACACAGUUGACACUUACAACUGUGCGCACUUUGCUAUCGAGAUGCGAUACGGCAAGGCAGAGUCUCUGCAGGUUAUUAAAGCUUUGAUCGCAGGCUUCUCAGCCUUGGCCAUCUAAGUCUCCUCAUACGUAUCCAAGUAGUUGGGGCAUUUGCUUUCUGUAGAUCUCUGUUUCACAGUCGUUCCAGCAGUUAAGAGGAAGAGGAAGACAACAAGAACAAAACAAGAACAAAUCCCAAACACUGGCAACAAUGAAUGUUGGCAUGUAGCUGACAGUGAUUAUGAUUUAAACUUUUUAAAUAAACGAUCUCACUUGUGCAAUCUGGAGAGAAAAAGGUUGUUGUUCAACACAGUUAAAAGACUUGACCUUGAAUCAGAUAUGACAAUAAGGCAUUAAAUCAUCUGGAUGAUCAGACUAAAGACACAUCUCUUCAGACUUCACCUUGGAUAAAAGAUAAAAUAUAUACUUCUAUAUCUGUUUAGUAGCACCUAUAUAUAUCUAGUAGCACUUAUAUAACACUUACAUAUAGCACUUUGUAGUUUGGCUUUCUUGAAGCAAAUUGUACUUGAUUCUUGUUGUUCUGGGUUUGUUCUCUCAUGGUUGAUGCUCUUAUUGUCACUUUGGAUAAAAGCCUCAGCUAAUUGAAAUGUGAUG